AAACCGCAAGACGUCGCCCGGAAAUGCGGGUGAUGCCCUUUGAAACCAUUUAAGCGCCCAUUAACCCAGAAAAAGCCGGGAUUGGUUGCUUACGAAAUGACUAAUUUCAUCCAGUCGCCGCUGCAAUUUUAAUCGUGCGGGCGUUCAAUUGUUCUCCGUUCAAACUAAGAUAAGAUAAGACAAAACCGCAAGAAUCGCUCAAAACAUAUCAAAACAUCCCCAACUACUGCCGUUUCUACCAUGUUCGACGAAUAAUUUAUUAAUAGAAGGAGCAACUCCCACAAGGUCAAAAUUGCGAGUGAAGAGACACCCCUGAAGACUGAAUACAAUGUUAAAAUCCUCUGCAGAGACUAAAGUACUGAAUGUUUUACCAAACGACAGGCCGAUCACAGCCAUCCGAAUUGUCGAAAACUUAGACAAAUGCCCCAAGGGUUUUCACCCCAUUAGUAGAACGUACGACCAGGACCAAGAUGCCGAUUUAAGAGAAAGCUCAAUUUUUAAAAGUAGUUCGGCUAGGUAUUUGUGCGUUUCAAAGACAGAAGGUCUCCCCAAUUUAGUGAUUCAGGAGAUUUUCGUCCUGACUGAUAAAUUUAACCCCCCGGCUGGUUUUAGUUUGUUGAAUAGAACUGUCGAUAGUGAACAAAGAGCGUGGAAGAAGAAGCAGCUCUGUUACAAAUUAGUGGAUCUAAGAGAGACAAGAGUUGCCAUUACUGAUAUUAUUGUUUGUAGUCGAUUGAAGAAGGCUCCUGAAGGGUUUAAACUCGCUGGUGAACUCAACGGCGUCACCGUCUGCUUCAAAAUGGGCAACGUCCAGGACAGUCAAAGCAGCCCCGACGCAAACGGCCGCAGUUACAACGUCGCCCCCUCGCCUCCCGACCGCCCCCCCAGACCCGCCCCUCCCAUCACCGGGGGCGCCCCCAUGUACCCCAGCAUCGCGAGCGACGGGGGCGACCAUGAUUACGAAAUACUCAAACCUCCGGGUUAUCCCACGGGACCGUCGCGACCGGCGCCUAAGCCUCCAGCGCCCCCAGUACCACAUCAAGGGUCCACUACGUCAACCCUCAGUGGUAGCACUACUAGUAAUUUAGAUGGGGUGCCAUUUAUACCGAAUCCGAAAUUUUUGAACUCGACGACUGCCGACAGGUUUCAGUUUCCGGUUAUUAAGGCGAAGACUAUGCAACAGAUUUUGAACGAGUAUGAUUACCCGUUUAACGUGGAGAGGCAGACUUGAGGGGUUUGAGUAAUAAAGGAACUGAAGUUAGGGAGUGUUUUAAUGUAAUUAGUUAAUAUGGUUAUUUUUAACGAUGUUCAUUGUUUGUACUAUUUUAUUAUAACUACGUAUAGAGAUUUAAAGGUGUGUAAUAGUCAUUAUUGUUAAGAGUUAGCAAGGAGAGUGAUUUCAAAGUCAUACGAAUAUUUCAAGUUGGAUAGUAUGUAUACUUAAUAAGUGCCCAUUAGAGUUGCGACGCGUCAUAUUAUUGUCAUUAAUUUUAUUUUAGUGCCAAUGUUUUAUAUUAAUAAAAUAUUUAUGUAC